AUGGCAACAACUCAAGAAGUUUUCCAGACUAUCAUGCGGCAGAAUCAGCAGAUGGCGGAGCAAAACGCUAGGCUCAUGCAGAUAAUGGAGCGAAUCGGCAUUCAAGAAGGUUCCAGUUCUCCCAAGUCCAGCAGCCCGGAAUUCAUAAUUGAAUCCCUGGCCUCCAACAUCCGGGAGUUCAUCUACGAUCCGGAAAACGGUCUUGUCCUCAACCGUUGGUACCGGAAGUAUGAAGAUUUAUUCUUACGAGACGGCGCUAAAUUGGACGAUGCAGUCAAAGUUCGCUUUUUCCUUCGAAGCCUCAGCGUGAACGUCCAUGAGAAGCACGUCAAUUUCGUCUUUCCAAAGCACCCCCGUGAGUUUUUCUUCGAAGAAACGGUCACCAAACUCACGGAACUCUUCAGUACUCGGAUUUCGCUCUUGAGCAAACGCUACAAGUGCUUUCAACUGCGGAAAAACGAUGCUGACGAUUUGGUGAGCUACGCUGCCUGGGAUAAUGCAGACAUACGAACGAGGCUACUGUCUAAAUUGGAAGCAACUGGUCCGGAAGACGAACGCAGUCUCGAAAUUCUGAUCAAGGAUGCUCAACGACUGCAAAAUUUGAAGCUCGACACGGUGAUAGUUGAACAACAUCAACAGCGAUACAAAGCUAAGUUUCCUGAGGUUUUCAAAUCCACCCUGGGUCACUGUACGAAGACGAAGGUUCGAUUGUACCUCAAGGCCAACGCUCAACCUGUUUUCAAGCCAAAACGUCCAGUGCCAUUCACCUUCGUUGAGAAAAUCGAUUUGGAACUGGAACGCUUGCAGAAACUCAACAUCAUCACGCCUGUGGAAUUUUCCCAGUGGGCGGCUUCAAUUGUGGCUGUCAAGAAACCAGGAGGACGAAUCCAAAUUUGUGCCGACUACUCCACCGCUUUGAACGCUGCAUUGGAACCGAACAACUAUCCACUUCCGGUUCCCGAUGACAUCUUCAGCAAACUCAACGGAUGUAAAUUUUUCAGUAUCAUCGAUCUCAACGACGCAUAUUUGCAAGUUGAGGUUGACGACGAUUCGAAGCAGCUUUUGACCAUCAACACGCAUCGUGGAUUGUUCCGUUUCAACCGGCUCGCACCUGGGGUCAAGUCAGCUCCGGGAGCCUGUCAGCAGCUGAUGAACACCAUGAUCACCGGUCUGAAAGGUGUCGAUUCUUUCUUGAACGAUAUUCUGCUUUACAGCCUAACCGAAGAGGAACAUCGAAGAAUUCUGGAUAGAUUGUUUAUGCGAUUGCAGAACGACGGGUUCGACCUUAGGGAGGAAAAAUGCAAUCUCAUGCAGCGACAAAUUCGAUACCUUGGGCACAUUGUCUACGUCUCAGGUCUUCGUCCCGAUCCAUCCAAAGUAGAAGCUAUUGUCAAUAUGCCAGCACAAACCGAUUUUGGCUACGCAGACGUCCUUUCCCGCCUAAUCGAUAAGCACUUAAAUCCAGACGAAGAGUUUGUCAUUGCAUCGGUCCAGCUGGAAGAAGAUGUGGAGAUUCCGCUUCAAGAAGCCAUCAGUUCGGUUCCCAUCACAUUCAAAAUGGUAACCAACGCAACACUCAAGUGCCCCGUUCUUCAGCAAGUCAGUAAAUUCAUCGAAAACGGUUGGCCAUCAAACAUCUCCGAAAUUGUCAACCCAGCAGUGAAGCCAUUUUUCCCCCAUCGUGAUGCUCUCGCAAUCAUCAAGAACUGCAUCAUGAUGUCGAACCGGUUAGUCAUCCCAGAAUUCUACCAGCAACGAAUUUUGAAACAACUUCAUCGAGGUCAUCCGGGAAUGGAGCGGAUGAAAGUCCUAGCCCGAAGUCACUUUUGGUGGCCGAAAAUCGACGACGAUAUCUCAACGUUUGUGAGGAAAUCUGAAAUGUGUGCUGUUCAUGCCAAAUCCCCACCGAAAACUCCUCCUCAACCGUGGCCAGCAACACAUUUUCCUUGGGAACGCAUCCACAUCAAAUUUGCCGGUCCGUUCAAAGGUCUCAACUUUCUGGUUGUGGUGGAUGCCCAUUCAAGAUGA